CGAUUACAGUUGAACUACAUGCUAAUUUAUGACAAUAAUUGGGCCGGUAACGAACUAGUAUUUAUUAUGCAUAAAGAAUUUGACAAAAUGUGAAUUAUAAAUUUACUGAAAUAAGAUAUUAUCGACUCAAUUCUCAAUCUCUGUCUGCAAGAUUGUCGGCACUCGGCAUAUGGUUAAAAAUCAAACUUUCAACAAAAAUCAGAAUUUAAGUCUAGUCCCUCACAGUGACAGCCGACAGGCCUCUCUCUCUCUCUCUCUCUCUCACACACACACACAGCAAUCACUUCUCUCCUUCUCACUGUCCCAGCAACUUUUUCAGAGCACAACGAGUGAAUGAGAUCGUACUCUUGUGGGCUGAUCUCUUUUGUUUUCAAAAUUUGAGACUUGAAUCUGCUUGAAGCCAAGAAAACCUCGCAGCCCACUUAUUUUUCAGUAGUAAGGAGUUCUUGGAUGCAACCCACAACAUCAUAAUGGCACAAAAAUUUAACUCCUCGGGCAGUAAAGGCCGGUCGCGAAUAUCCUUAUUUGUCGUAAUUGGUCUCUGCUGUUUCUUUUACUUGCUGGGAGUAUGGCAGAAGAGUGGUUUUGGGAAAGGAGAUAGUUAUGCAAUAGAACUGAACAAACAGCAGCAAGCAGAAUGCAUUAUCCCACCUUCUCUCGACUUUGAAAGCCAUCACAAUUAUGUGGCGCCCAUCGAGUCCUCCGAGUCCAAGCCCAAAGUGAUCGAGCCAUGUGAUGGUCGAUUUACCGAUUAUACCCCUUGCCAGGAGCAGGAUCGAGCCAUGACUUUUCCAAGAGAAAACAUGGUGUACAGAGAAAGGCAUUGCCCACCAGAAGAAGAGAAAUUGCAUUGCUUGAUUCCAGCACCAAAAGGCUACACGACCCCUUUUCCUUGGCCAAAGAGCCGAGACUAUGUGUACUAUUCUAACGUUCCUUUCAAGAGCUUGACUGUGGAGAAAGCCAACCAGAAUUGGGUACAGUUUCAAGGGAAUGUAUUUAAAUUUCCAGGUGGCGGGACAAUGUUUCCUCAAGGUGCUGAUGCUUAUAUUAACGAGCUUGCACAAGUUAUACCUAUUGCUGAUGGCUCAGUUCGUACGGCUCUUGAUACUGGCUGUGGAGUUGCUAGCUGGGGUGCUUAUAUGCUGAAGAGGAAUGUGCUUACUAUGUCAUUUGCACCGAGAGAUAAUCACGAGGCUCAGGUGCAAUUCGCAUUGGAGAGAGGAGUGCCAGCUGUUAUUGGAGUUCUUGGAUCGAUAAAACUUCCAUACCCGUCCAGAGCAUUUGAUAUGGCCCAAUGCUCGAGGUGCUUGAUACCAUGGACGGAUAAUGCUGGCAUGUACUUAAUGGAAGUUGAUCGAGUCCUUAGACCUGGUGGAUUCUGGGUCUUAUCUGGUCCCCCAAUCAAUUGGAAGACAUACUUUCGUACAUGGAAAAGGACAAAAGAAGACCUGAAAGCCGAGCAGUCAAGGAUUGAAGACUUGGCCGAAUCUCUUUGCUGGGAGAAGAAGUACGAGAAAGGAGAUACUGCCAUCUGGAGGAAAAAAAUAAAUACCAAGUCUUGCAAAAGGAAAUCUACCAACUAUUGUCAAUCUUCAGAUGCUGAUGAUGUUUGGUACAAGAAAAUGGAAAAAUGCGUAACUCCUUUCCCCGAUGUGAAGAGCGUGAAUGAAGUAGCUGGUGGGGAGUUGAAGAAGUUUCCAGCUCGGCUCAUGGAUGUCCCACCUCGAGUUCUCAAUGGUGAAGUUCGUGGGGUGACUUCCGAAUCUUAUGCGGAGGAUAACAAGCUUUGGAAAAAGCACGUCAAUGCUUACAAAAAAUCUGUUGGCUUACUUGGCACCUCAAGAUUUAGGAAUAUUAUGGACAUGAAUGCAGGGCUCGGAGGUUUUGCUGCUGCCUUGGAAUCAUCAAGAUUGUGGGUGAUGAAUGUUGUUCCAACUAUUGCUCCAAAUACGUUAGGUGUCAUUUACGAGCGAGGCUUGAUUGGCAUUUAUCACGAUUGGUGUGAAGGUUUCUCUACUUAUCCAAGGACGUAUGACCUCAUUCACGCGAAUGAAUUAUUCACCUUAUAUAAGGACAAGUGCCAAUUUGAAGACAUUCUGUUGGAAAUGGAUCGCAUUUUGAGGCCUGAAGGGACAGUAAUAUUUCGAGAUGAAGUUGAUGUGUUGAAUAAGGUGAAGAAAAUUGCAGGAGGCAUGAGAUGGGAUUUGAAGAUGGUGGAUCACGAGGAUGGCCCACUUGUCCCGUACAAGAUUCUUGUUGCGGUCAAGCAGUAUUGGGUUGCUUCAUCAAACAACACGUCCACCGAUCACUGAACAGGUUAUCGUGCAGUGGACUUUGUAUCAUUAUUAUUUUGCUUUCUAGAGAAAAAAAAAACAAAAAACAAAAAAAAAACCAA